AUGGCCACGGCUUCGGCAAUAUUUGCCUUAUUAGGCAUCAGGGAAGCCUUCGUAAUCGGCGUUUCUCUUCACGUCUUCAUGUUCCGCAAGGGAGAGUGGGAUCUCUACACAACCAGAAUUCUCUGUCUCUUUGGAUUGCUGUUUGGUGGAUUGGCCUUUUUGCUGACGACUUCAAAAGUCGUUGUCGGGCAGUCAUACCAAUUGUGGGAUCCUAUUCUUUCGUCCCUUUAUGUAACAUCCUCCGUGGUUGCUGGGACAUUUUCGAGCAUCUUUGUCUAUAGAGUUGGUUUUCACCGCUUGAACAGAUUUCCGGGACCCUUUGCCGCGAGACUUUCCAACUUCUAUAUCACUCGGCUUUCUACCAAGAAUUCUCAGCUCUUCAAAGAGAUCCAAGGAUUACAUAGGAUAUAUGGAGAUAUUGUACGAGUAGGGCCUUCGGAGCUAUCUAUAGUAGAUGCGCGAGCUUUUCACGCAAUAUAUUCAAACAAUUCCCCCUGUGUCAAGGGGCCUUGGUACAAUAUUGAACAGCCCGCUAUCUCUCUGCAUAUGACGAGAGAUCAAGAUGAUCACACUCGACGUCGGAAGACUUGGGAUAGAGCAUUCAGUGUGAAAGCUCUUCGAGACUAUGAACCCCGGGUCGUCAAAUACACCAGCCAAUUACUCGGUCGAAUCGAAGAAACACAAGGAAUACCACUUGACGCCUCGCAGUGGUUCAACUUUUACAGUUUUGACCUUAUGAGCGAUUUAGCUUUUGGCAAGAGCUUCAAUAUGCUUAGAGACGGGGUGGGGCAUAGGUUCAUGAAACUGGUCCACAAACACAUGGUUCUGGCUGGUGUGUUCAGUCAUUUGAUUUGGAUGUUUCCUCUAUUUAGAGCAAUGCCACUUGCAAACCGCGAGGAUAUUGACUUCCAAGAUUGGCUCAUUCAGCAAGUUCAACAUCGGGAAAAGAAUAGGCCAGAUGUACCGGAUGUCUUUUCUUGGCUCUUGUCGGACUACGAAGGACUUGAAAACAAAAGUCAACAAGAUCGGGAGAUCAAUUUGUACGCAGAUAUGCAACUAAUUGCGGUUGCUGGAAGUGACACUACUGCCACGACACUCACAUGUCUUUUCUUCCUGUUGGCGACGAACAAAUCUGCGUGCCACAAACUUCAGGAAGAGAUUGAUGAAUUCUUUGCCACAUUUUACGAGCCGAAUCACUCAAGCCUCCCCAGGCUCAAGUACCUCCAAGCUUGUAUCGACGAGACACUGCGACUCUUCCCAGUGGUACCGUCCGGGUUGCAGCGCAUGACGCCGGCCAGCGGAUUGCAAAUUGCAGACAUCUUCAUUCCCGGAAACACAAUUGUGACAGUUCCUGCCUACACCUUAUUUUUCGCGGAUCCCGACGCCUUUAUUCCGGAGCGCUGGACAUCAGAACCGAAAUUGGUUAAAGACGCCUCAGUGUUUGCACCGUUCUCUAUCGGGAGGUACUCUUGCGUGGGUAAGCAGUUAGGGUUGUUGGAAGUUCGGCAUGUGACGAGCCAGGUGCUGCAUCGCUUCAACAUAGAUCUUGAACACAAGGACACCGCACCUGCAUUCUUAGCGGGGCUUAAAGACAGAUUUACUUUGGCAAGCCCAGGUCUUAAGGUGGUGUUCAAGGUCAGAGCGGAUUGA